AUGGCCACCAACAAAAACUACAAAGAGGCCCUAGACCAGCUCCGCGAAGCCUGGCUCAAGCCCUUCCACGAGUGCCUGGCCAGGAUCAAACAAGGCCCGCCUGUUCCCAGCAAGGGUCCCGAAGACACCACUGGCAAUGUUGCCGGCCCCGCUCCCGCGAUUCGCAAAAGCUGCGGUCUCGAAGUUGACGACGACACCACUGGUUCUCGCGUCGUCAAGAUCUUCGAGUACGAGAAACUAGUUGAGUCUUCGAAGAAAAAGGACAAGGACGCGGAAGUAGACGUGGAGUACUGGAUUACGCGUCCGACUGCCCUUCUGGUCGAAGUCCCGGGUACGGAGCUGUCGAGGGUGCAUAUUGAGAUUAAGGGCCCUGGCAAGAUUCAUGCGGAGAAAGCUGUUGCGGUCGUGGAGAGCGGCACUACGCAUUCUGAGUUUGUCGAAAACGUGACCAAGGGUGCGGUGAAGAACUGAGAUGGAGGUGGAAGAAGGGAAUUUAGAAGAAGAUUGGCGGUGCGAGAUGAAUGGGUGACAUUGGUAAC